GCUCAGCACAAUAGGAGGAAACUCUUGCAGGAUUGAAACAUGGGCUGUUCUGCUCUCAUGUGAGGAUCACUCUCACUCAUAUAGGACUGAAGGACCUCACAGCACAUCCAUGGGGAUCCGCGAUGCUCUGGACACCUCAAGCAGAACAUCUCAUCCAACUUCAGCACAAACACAUCCUCACAUAUGACAGCUCGCCGUGUCUGGACCUGUUCUGCGUUCACACGUGUUUUCUCAACAUUGUUUUGCGAGUUAUACAGAAGAUUAAUUGUGCAUGAAGAUCGUUAUCGAUUACUGAUUGAUUAUCGGGUUGAAUCAAUGAUUCAACCCCUGAGCGCGCAGAAGAUUCACUUUUGCCUCCAGGCGCGGUAAAUGCGUCUCGUGUAUAAAGAAAUAAAGAGGAAAGACCUCCAUGGGUUUGUGUGUCUGGAUCCUUCGUGUUUGACAAACGACUGAAGACGAAAAGACCAAAACAACAAGUGGAGGGACUUUGGAGACGAAGAGUGCGACCGGGCGCAUUGCUUUUGGGACUUCUUAUCUACCCAUCAUCACUGUUUUGGAUAAAAUGAAAGUUUGGACUUUUCUCCAGUGUCUGGCCAUUCUGCUCAUCCUGUGCGUGGGAUCAGACUGCGGGACGGUCCUAAGAAAGACCCGCUCCAAGCGCGAGGUGGUGAAGAUGAGAGAAGCCAAAGCGGUCUUCCCGGGGGCUUGUGCCACCCGACUGCCCCGGGGCAAGCGCUCCCUCCCCGCGCUGGAUCGCCGGCUUCCGCGCCAGCGUCGCCGUUACUCUCCAGCGGAGGACGCGAGUUCCUCUCGGGGAAAAGCCGUGUAUUUCACGGGCAGAGGGGAUCAGCUGAGACUCAAACCCGGCGUGGAGAUACCGAGGGGAAAUUUUACUCUCCAGAUGUGGGUCAAGCCGGAGGGUGGUCAGCGCUCCCCUACAGUAAUAGCCGGUCUCUUCGACAAAUGCUUCUACGCCUCCAGUGAUCGCGGAUGGCUGUUGGGAAUUCAAGCCGUAAGCGAACAGGGAAACCGCGACCCGCGUUUCUUCUUCUCGUUAAAGACGGAUCGAGCACACAAAGUGACCUCCAUUCACUCGAAUGCUCGCUACGCACCCGGCCAGUGGGCUCAUGUAGCCGUGACUUACAAUGGCCUCUAUAUGAAGCUUUAUGUCAAUGGUGCUCAGACAGCUGUUAGCAGAGAACAGUCAGGUGAUGUCUUCAGCCCUUUAACUAAAAAGUGUAAGGUGCUGAUGGUUGGUGGAAAUGCCUUAAAUCAUAACUACAGAGGUUCGGUGGAGCGAGUGGGUCUGUGGCAACAGGCCAUGUCUCAGCGACAGAUCAUGAGCGACAUGCACGGACAAGAAGAUCCCGAGGAUCUGGUGGACCUGGUGAUCCGCGAGACCUUCGAGCACCCAGCACGCAAAUGGCUUCCGGUAAAGGAUGGCAGUUUACCGGUACCGGACGAGGGUCCUCGCGCCGGUCUGGGGUCUUUGGACGGCACCUUGGAGCCUCCGAACUGCGGACAGACGGUGUGCGAUAACACGGAAGUGGUACGCAACUACAACCACUUCUGGAGCUUCCGGCGACCCAAAACGGUGCGUUACCGCGUCGUAAACUUGUUCGACGACUUUCGCCGAAAACCCACGGUCACAGACCAGCAGAUUCAUCUGCAACAUCAGCAUCUGAACGAGGCCUUCAGCAUGUACAACAUCACCUGGGAGCUGACCGUACACAACGUGAGCAACUCUUCUCUGUUUAACCGUCUAGUGCUUGCCAACUGUGACAUCAGCAAGGUGGGCGAUGAAGAUUGUGACCCCGAAUGUAACCACACGCUGACUGGCUUUGAUGCCGGUUGUUGCAAACCUAGGACCCGAUGCCCCGAGCAUAAACAAGGCAAUGGCGUCUGUGACCCAGAAUGCAACAACGAGAACUACAGUUACGAUAAAGGCGAUUGCUGCGACCCCAGCGUCACCGAUGUGACCAAGACAUGCUUCAAUCCAUCUUCUCAUUUAAGGGCCUAUCUGGAUGUGAAAGAGCUAAAAGAGAUCCUCAAUGUGGACGGCUCCACACACCUCAACAUCUUCUUCGCCAAUUCCUCAGAUGAAGACCUGGCUGGAGUCGCCACCUGGCCGUGGGACAAAGAGGCGCUGACGCAUCUAGGUGGCAUUGUGCUGAAUCCAUCUUUCUACGGUACCUUUGGCCACACGCAUACCAUGAUUCAUGAGAUCGGUCACAGUCUGGGCCUGUACCACGUCUUCCGGGGAAUUUCUGAGAUUGAAUCCUGCAACGACGCCUGUUUGGAGACUGAACCUUCGCUGGAAACCGGCGAUCUGUGCGCCGACACCAACCCCACACCCAAAUACAAGCACUGUCGGGACCCCGAGCCCGGGAACGAGACGUGUGGGAAUCGCAACUUUGUUCACACUCCGUUUAAUAAUUACAUGAGUUACGCAGAUGACGACUGCACCGAUUCAUUCACGCUCAACCAGGUGGCUCGUAUGCACUGUUACCUGGAUCUCAUCUACCAGACCUGGCAACCCCGCCACAGGCCUCCUCCGGUCCCUUUGGCUCCCCAAGUGGUGGCACAGGAUCAAGAGUCCAUUACUCUGGAGUGGUUUCCUCCGAUCUCCGGCCACUUCUAUGACAGAGAAGUGGGAUCAGUAUGUGAUAAAUGUGCCGAGGGUGGGGUCCUCGUACAGUAUGCCUCCAAUUCCUCGUCCCCACGCCCCUGCUCCCCAUCCGGACACUGGAGCCCAAGAGAAGCGGAAGGACCCCCAGAUGUGGAGCAGGCGUGCGAGCCCAGCGUCCGCACGUGGAGUCCGCAUAACAGCAUGGUUUUGGGCCUGGUGCCUCCUCCGUGUCCUCAGCAAGGCUGCAUGUUGCAACUGGAGUUCGCCCAUCCGGUGGUACCCGACUCCCUCACUGUGUGGGUGACCUUCUCGUCCCCGGAGGAGACGGUUCUGCCCGCCAUCCACAACGUCAUCCUGUUGACUGUGAGCGGCAACAACCUGUCACUGGGUCCCAGCAAUGUGUUCUGUGACACACCGCUGACCAUUAAACUGGAUGUGCAUGAGAAGGUGUACGGCGUGCAGUUCUUCACCAUGGAGCAGCAUUUAGAAAUCGAUGCCACUCUGCUGACGUCCAAACCCGACUGCGUGCUGUGUCGUCAAUGUGAGCCGCUUCGGCACCGUCUCCUGCGUCAGCCGGCGUUUUCACACGCGCCCCAGGGCGUCGCCUUGAGUGACUCCACGCGAAGAUAUGUGGACAGGGACGUACAACUCAAUGGCGUGUAUACCUACCAGGUCCAAAUCAUCUCCAGUCGUAGCGAAAGCGAGCCGUCUCCUCCAUUCACACACCUUCUGGGAGCUCCGUAUUGUGGAGAUGGACUCAUCCAGAGGUCCCAGGGAGAGGAAUGCGACGAUAUGAACUCCAUUAACGGUGACGGCUGCUCCAGUCACUGUAAGAAGGAGCCGUUCUUUAAUUGUUACGACGAGCCCAGCAUGUGCUACUAUUACGACGGCGAUGGCGUGUGCGAAGACUUUGAGAGGGAGACGAGUGUUAAGGAUUGUGGCCUGUACACACCCAACGGUUUCGUGGAUCAGUGGGCCAACAAGGUGGAGGUGUCACAUGAGGAAAAGCUUUACUGUCCAGCGGAUGUGGCUGCAGGAUACCCUACUGUUACUAAGACGUGCCAGUCCAAAGUAUUUGAUUUGUCUGAUGGGGUUUCUCAGUACGCCUGGUUUCCAUGUCGUGAGGCGCAGAGCAUCUCUUGGUAUCCUCAAUAUUGGCUUAAGGCUCAUUUCUUUCCUAUGGUCGCUGCGGCUGUCAUCAUCCAUUUGGCAGCAGACGGCACCAGCUACAUCGAUCAAACCCAAUGCAACGUUACAGUUCAGCUGAUUGACACUAAAGGGGACGUUCACAGUUUAGGUGACUGGCGUCUGAGCUGUCGAUCCAAUCCACUGGUGAUUCCGGUGUAUCACGACUUGAGCGUCGCUUUCUACCACACCCAAGCCAUCCUCCUUAUGUUUCGCUCUGAGCUGGUGGCCAUCUCCGGCGUCGGCCUGCGCACCUUCCAGUUCUUCGACCCCAUAACCAUCAGCGGCUGCCAGAGCAAUGAGAUCUACAACCCCAUGGGCCAGCGCUGUGUAAAUUAUUCCUGUGAAGCCAUUGAUUGCAAGAAGCCAUUGAUCCGGAAUGCCGAUGUGAAUUGCAGCGAUGAUGGGCAAGUGAUGGCGGACAACGGAGCUCGCUGCACUGUCACAUGUCACAGCGGUUACGACCUGAAGAUCCACGGGGAUGAUAACAUCAAGAGUCAGACGGACUCGAGCGUGAUCAUAACCUGUGCUGUUAGGAAUUGGAACAAGCAGGUAUCGUGCGAGCCGGUGGACUGCGGCCUGCCAGAUAAAUACCACGUGCACCCUGCCCACUUUAACUUCACAGAAGGCACCACGUACGGCAAGAAGAGCACAUUUCAUUGCAGGGAACCCGCUCAGCUCGUGGGCACUAAUAAUACUCUGACCUGUAUGGAGGAUGGUCUGUGGUCGUUCCCAGAGGCUUUAUGUGAACUGCGCUGCCCAGCUCCGCCUCCUGUACCCAACGCCAUGCUUCAGACCAAGCGCUGCAAUGAUACGGGUCUUAAAGUGGGAACCCUCUGCAAAUACAAAUGCAAACCUGGAUACCAUGUGGCCAAAAAGCCAAAAAGGAGAGCCUUCAAGCGUCAGUGUACAGAAGACGGGCGCUGGUUGGAGGGCUCAUGUGAACCUGUGACAUGUCCGCCUCCCCCAUCCGUCUUUCAUGGUAUGUAUCAGUGCACAGAUGGCUUCAAGUUCGACAGCACCUGCUGGAUCCUCUGCAAUGGGACGAACCAUUCGCCGAGACAAGAUCCACCUUGCAAACAGGGGCUCAACACCAACGUCAUCCGCUGUAGGAAGGAUGGAAACUGGACCGGAAGCUUCCGCUUAUGCCCACAGCUAAAGGGUCAAUGUUCUCUACCUCAGAACCUGCAUCCCAGUAUCCGGAUGAGCUGCAGGAAGGGAUACGGCAUAGGUGAAGAGUGCGAGUUAUCAUGUAGAGACAGCAGCAAUGAUGUGGUCAUCCUGCCGAGUAACAUGACAACCAUCAGCGUUCUCAGACAUCACUGGAUGAAUCCUCCUAAAGUCAAGCACAUUGUGUGUACUAUGGGUCUGAAGUGGUACCCUCAUCCAGAAGUCCUUCACUGCAUCAAAGGCUGUGAGCCGUUCAUGGGUGAUAAUUACUGUGAUGCCAUCAACAACCGAGCUUACUGCAACUAUGAUGGAGGAGACUGCUGCCAUUCCACUGUCAAGACUAAGAAGGUCACCCCAUUUCCCACGUCCUGCGAUAUCCGAAAAGAAUGUGCAUGUCGGGAUCCCGAUGCAUUGGAGAACCGAAAGGAUGAUCACCUGCACUCGUUGGGAUGAGACAUCAGCGAGCCGAGGCCGAGACCGAGACACAGAUAUGCUGCUGCUUCACAGGUGUACCUCUUAUGUCAUAGCUCUUCACUCUUUCCUCACCCUGCUUCUCCUACGUAUGAAAAAAGACCCUCGAAAGGACCAAAGUGGGUGUCAUCUCUCAUCGACCCUUCCCAAAAACACAAAAGAAAAGCACGCUCACAGACAUGCUCCAUGUGAACGCUCCAUGUGAACGCUCCACGUGAACGCUCCACUUGACCGCUCCAGAACCGAAUAAUGCAGUUUCUCUUUUGUUUGCAUUAAGACCAAAGUCAAAAAAAUGAAGAAAAAUCUCAAAAUUUACCAAACAUAUAUGACUACAGAGAGCAAAAUCAUUGCCAAAAGAAACACCCGCUCCACACAGUUCAUUUUGAGUUUGUUUAUUCGGACACGACCUUACUCGAUGAGACGGUGAGUGCUCGUCCGGACUUCUUGAAGGUCCUGAAACACAGACGAUGGACAGUGCGAUCGGGUGUAGGACUGGUUUAAACCAGAUCAAGUUCAUGUGCACAUUGCAGGAGUUUGGUCCUUUCCGCUCCUCAGUACAUAAGAGUUAAUGUCAAACGUGUGUGCCAUUAACCCGAAUGUGUUGCUAUUCAGGUAUGUGGCUAUAAACUUGCUAACUGUUAGCCGUCCAACCUUCAGUCUCGUUGCACAGCCAGAAGUGUUUGCUUGUUUCAGACUGAUACACAUCGGGAAAUCUGUAAAACUGGCAAAAAGCUUUGAGAAACGAGAGGAAAAGCCAAAAAAAAAAAGAUCUUCACGUUCAAACAGUGGAUACGAUGUGGUUGUGUUAACACGGCCGCUGUCAUCGCUGCUACGAUCGCUGCUAUAGAUCGAAACAACAGACAGCAUCGAGUGUGUCGUCCGUCUGCCUUAACAUUUACCUCUGAUCUGUCAUAACCUCCCAUCUGCACACAGUGCAGAAGAUAUAUAUGUAGUGUAUCAUCAUGCUAAAGAUUGUAUGUUAAAUAGUCACUGAAUGUAAAAAAGAAACAUUGGUGUAAACCUUUUCUAUUCAUUGUGAUUCUUUACUGAUCCUCCGUUUAGGAACUAUUUCUAUACAUUGACAGUUUAUAGCAAGCAUGGCUUUUGUGCUAUAUAUUGACAGCCACCGUCACUUCUGUAUGAAUGCCACAGUCAUAAUGCAACCCAGACAAUAGGUGACUCCAUGCAUCAGAAGUCAGCGGAUCCGGUGCGGCUCCAGCCCGGAGUCGUCUGCCGUCUGGUUGUAUAGAAACCAGAUCUUGUACAUAAUGUGUUGCGCAGAAGGAAACAAUAAAAUCCUAAAAUGCCACGAGGAUGAGUAAAUAAUCACAAGAUGUCUAUCAUUAAAUUGGGAUGAAUGAAAUGAUAAAGAGCGAUGCAGGCGUCCCACACCAGAUGAAUGAGAUUUUAUUCACACAGUCUGGUGAAGAGGUUAAAUCAGGACAGUGUAUUGUAAAACCAUCAAUCUGACAUCAAAGAGAAUUUAAUUGUCUUUGUGAAUUUAUUGCCAGUCAAAACACUUUUUCUGACGAGUAUAUUACCGUACACGUGCCAACUUUUAAACCACCUUUAGUGUUUCUGGCCCCUAAACUUAAAAUGCUACGGGCACAAUCGAGUCUCAAAGCUGCCAAAAAGCUUUCUCUCAUCAAGAAAAUAACACACAGCUUCCCCAUCAUCAGAAAGACUCGUCAUCAAACAAUAUCUGGCUACCAACCGUGAAGAUUUGUCUCUUCCCCAAAGUCUUAAACUGACGUCCGUACAGAUCUUCCCUUGUUUUGGCAUUACUUGUCGCACGGUUUUACAUCCCAUAACUUUGAGGCUCGUGAAAACAAACAAUGCCAUCGGUUCAUGUGCGAGAGAGGCAUUGUGUUGUGUAACAUCUGCUGAGGAGUGAUGCCAAAACCUCACGUUGUACCGAACAACUGAACAUUUCUCAUCGAGCCGCUACACUUACUCUCGCUGUUAUUGGGCCGACGCUGAAGAAAAUUUUAAAUUGGCCCGAAAACGGGUUUCGUGGUGGUUUUAUUGGUGUGGAAAUAUGCCGAGGCAUUAAGGAUUGUUUGCCUAACGUUUUGAUAGGCUUCACUUUGUGCAAUUGUAGAUGUAUGAUAGUUAAAAUAUAAUUACUUUAUAAAGAAGAAAAAUAAAAAAAAACACGGAAGAAGGUCAGACAUCUAUAUCACGCUUGAAAAUAUUCAGAAAUCUCGUUAUAUGUGCCGAAGCGUAAAGGCUGAAGUAGAAACAGUAGUUACUUUUUAUUGUGCUUAUUGCAUUUUCUGUAAUUUAUAUUUCUAACAAAAGAACGAAAGACAAAAAAAUAACAACAUCUUAUGUAUCAGUAAUCAGUGUUUGUGUUAUUCACCUCAGUUGUGCACUUUUGAGAGGCCCAUUUAAAGGAAUACUUCACCCAAUUUUCCAUAUUUUUGCAUAAUUUAUUAUCAUCCCAGAUAAAUAUGACUUCAUUUCUUCAUUCGAAUCAUUUUAUAUUAAAAUUCUGUCAUGUUAUCUUCAUGGGGCUCAAUAUGGUGAAGCGCCAAAAAGCACACACGUCUAUCAUGAAAGUGAUCCAGCUUGAUCUCAAAAUAAUUUUUUACGUAUUUUACGAUUUGGAUAAUUCCAACCUCGCCCCUAACGCUAACAUCUCAGAGGCAAGGAAACGUACAAAAAUUUACAAAUGUGGUCAUAACAAUACUGCGUAAGAUUUUUUGCAGUGUUUGUGACUUGUUUUCAGUAGAAAUAUCUAAAAAUUCUUAAAUCAAGAUGUAUCUUCUUGAUGUGCAAAAUUGCCUUAGAAAAUAAGUCUAGUUUUUAGACAAUUUUUUUUAAUGAGACAAAAAAUUUUAUAAAAAAAUGAGAAUUUUUUUUUGAAAAUUUUCCUUAAUUAAGUGUUUAAGAAAAAGCAAACAUAUUUUAAGUUUUUUUCACCCAUUUCGCGGAUAUUUUUGCUUGUUUUAGCGCAAAUUCACUUGAAUUGUAUGUUUUUUGCAACAUGAUCUCACAAAGUUCCGUGGGAUAGUCACGGAAUUUUGUGCUCAUUUUUCCGUGGCAUUCUCACGGAUCUCCGCAUUUUUCCGUGGCCCUGCUACGGACUGUCUUUUUCCGUGGCAUUCUCACGGAUUGGUUACUCAACUGCUUUUUCCUAUUUUCAAACCAUUUUCGCUUCGGUUUAGGGUUAGAUUUGGUGUUUGCAUUAGUAUGUCACUUUAACUAUUGGUUUAUAUAAUUUUUUCUGAUGUAUUCUUUUAUAUUUUCUAAACUUUAAACAAUUGUCGCCUGGCGUUGGGGUUAGAGUUGGGUUUGGGUAGGGAUGUCAUUUCAUGUAAAUCUAACCCUAAACCGAAGCGAAAAUGGUAAGAAAAUAGGACAAAACAGUUGAGUAACCAAUCCGUGAGAAUGCCACGGAAAAAGAC